UCUGAACUUAUGUUUUAUUUUCCUUAUAAUUAUUUGAACUUUACAAUCGUGGUCAAAUACGUCGCGCUGGUUUUAGAUAAAGUAUUUAUAACAACGGAAAAACCAAAAUGGGGUACAUCGGUGCGAAUAUUGUCUUCGCAUUGAUCCUUUUGGCGGGGAACGACCAUGUUUCGGCGCAAACGGUCAUUGACAGUUCGAGUCCUGACGUUAAUGCUCUAGGUCCUAGCUGUUUGACGCCGGACGGCAAAGUCGGGGUCUGUGUGCCUAACUAUCAGUGCAACUUCGAGACCAAUUCUGUCGACCCCGGAGCGACGAUAGAUCUGAGAUUUUUACGUCUUGACUUUAGGACGCAGUCUUGCCCGCACUAUCUCCAGAUCUGCUGCCUACGUGAGGAGAUGGCAGGAAGUAAGACUGUAGAGAAAAUACCGCAGUGUGGAUUGAGUAACCCAGGUGCAGUGGAAUUGAAGGCUAAGCCUACAUUAGUGGGGGAAGCUGAAUAUGGAGAAUUUCCGUGGAUGGUUGCUCUGUUAAGAUCUACAGCACCGGAUCAAGCGUGGUCUCAAGAUGAUUAUAUAGGAGGUGGUUCUAUCAUACAUCCUAAAGUCGUGCUCACUGCCGCCCAUAAAGUAGCACGUUACACCGAGGGUGAAAUAAAAUGUCGCGCCGGUGAAUGGGACACUUCCAACACGGAUGAGAAUUUCUUAACACAAGAACGACAAGUUGAAAAAAUUGUUCAACACGAAGAUUUCUUCGAUCUACAAGCGUACAACAAUAUCGCAUUGUUGGUAUUGAAGGAGGCUUUCUCGUUCAACGAUGCCCCGCACAUGGGCAUAGCGUGCGUAGGCAAGGUGCUGCCUCCACCGGGCACGCAGUGCUUUACUAUGGGCUGGGGCAAAGAGUCGUCUGGCAAAUAUGCAACAGUAUUAAAAAAGAUCCAAAUGCCAUUGAUCGAUUCUGACGAAUGCCAACACACGUUACGCAACACAAGGCUCGGCUCCCGGUUCCUGCUGCAUCCGAGUCAAAGCUGCGCCGGCGGGGUGGCGGGGGUUGAUACCUGCAAGGGGGAUGGAGGUUCCCCACUCGUCUGUGAUGUUGGAAACGGCACUAUGAAGCGCUACGCUAUCUUCGGGUUGGUGUCGUCGGGUGUUGGUUGCGGGAAGAAGAAUGUACCGGGAAUAUACUCGAAUGUGCCUUACCUAUACAGCUGGCUGAUAGACGCUAUGAACACCGAGAAAUUACCAAGCAAGACAUUUACUUAUGUAUAAUUUACAAUCACACCUUUGUUCCAAAACGUAUUAAACUUUGACUAUUCAAUGACAGGACUUGUCCAGUAAACUAUAGAAUUGAUCUGAGCCGGUGGGUAUAAGCCAAAGUAUAUUAUGAUAGCUCACUAGCGCCCCCUGUCACAAGAUUAUUGUAGUCUUCAUUUUUUACAUUUACAUACUUGUAUACUAAUAUUGUAAAGAAAAAUAACUCAAAAACUACUGGGACGAUUUCUACAAUUCUUUCACCAUUACAAAGCUACAUUUUCAAUGAGUAACGUAGGCUAUAUUUUUUUAUUUAACGCAGGCAAAGUUGGAAGCAACAGCUAGUUUUGUAAUAAAGUGUUGGACUACAAUUUCUAAACUUGCUCGUACAAGAUCUUUUUAACACAAGUCUCUUUAUUGUCAAAGAUUCUGAUACAGCGCCAUCUAUUGCACGGUUUAUAAAUUAAUAUUGGAAAUUAGGGAUCAAAAAUAUGUAAUUGAAUAUAUUUUUUUCUAUCAAUUUCGCUUAGUAACUGUAAGGGAAUAAAGGUGCGAUUUAUUGUUUUACCUCACCGCUUUUCCACUAACCGAAUAGCCAAUUUUAGAUACAUCGGACUAGUGGAAAUAGGGAUUAACGGUUAACUAAUCUAUUUAGUUUUAAAGGUAAAU